UGCAGCAGCCGGGGAACGGGAGGGGGCACGGCACGAGCAACAGCCCUCAUUACCGUCCCCAUUUGCUCCUCAUUUGGGCCAGGAGUCUUACAAUAACAAACCCUGCAGAGGACAAGCAAGGCUGGAGAGUUCAACCUGCUGGUCUUUUGCUGCCCUGUGAUCCCAGCACACAGCUUGGCAGGGACGGGAUUCAGCGUAGAAGAUGGAAAUGCUGUGGUUGUCCGUCUCUUGCGGUACUGGUGUGCUGUGGGACACCUUGGUAACUUGCAGACUGCAUUGCCCUAUGCCCAGCUCGAUCUCCAGCCACUCUCUUCUAGCACUGGCCAAAACAGGUCUCAGGGGCUGUUGAACCCCACAGGAGAAAAGUCCCCUCUGCACCCCUGCCAGUCGGGCAUCACCACUGACAGCAAAGGGCCCCUGGAGCCAGUGCAGAUGGAAGGCAAGGGAGGAAUUUGGCUUCAUCUCUGCAGCCAGUUUCCAUCCUUGGCUCUGCUCCCUUCACUCCACCCCAUCUCUUCUCACCGCCUUUCCUCCACACACCACUGCCCCCGCCCUAGCCUGGUAUCCCAAGCCACUUAGGCAACCACCUACCCUGAUAAUUAAUAGAAAACAAGCAAAACAAGGCAUCCCAGCUCCUCAAUCCUUCCUGACACCGAAAGGGUUUAAUUCUGAUCUGCAAUAAGCCUCCAGGCUGAGAUUUGUGGAUGGAUUUUGCAAAGCCGAGGUGAACCAUUCGCAGUCCCUGAUCCCCAGCCCUGACGAGCCUCUUCCUGUAGGACUGCAGCUGCCCUCGGUCCCGCACCACAUCUCCAGCCAUCUCUGGAAAGAUAAAGAUUAGCUGAGUUUGCAAAGGCAGCUGGAGGAGUGCACAGCAGCAAAAGAAUAUUUCCAUUAAGCAGGACACAGGGUGAAGGAAGAGGUGGCUGGGGAGGCUUGCACCAGGAGACACCAUGCAUUAAGAGAUGCCCCAGCAGAGACCUGAUGGGGACCAGCCAGCUCCCCAUCCUGCCCACAGCACAAGGAGGGGCUUUGGCGGCCUGCCUGGGCUCUGCUGUGCUGCCUAUUGAAGCCUGCCUGGGAAGAUAACAGAGGUGAAAGGGUGCUUGGCGAUUCUCUGCAGGCUCGAGUCAAUCGUUAAUCGGGGAGGGAUUGCUUUCCACUCUUGCAGGUAACCUCUCCUCCCCCCGGCUCCCCCCACGCGCCCGUGCCCUCACAAAACCAACACCCACAGGAGCGGGGUGAAGCUUCGGCACAGCGAGAGGAGCCGCUAGCAGGGCCAUGGGAAGGUAAACGUGCGGGAGAGGUGACACCCGGCCCAACCAUGGUCUCUAUGGGACUCCAGCUGGUGGGCUACAUCGUGGCCUUCCUGGGCUACAUCGGCACGCUGACAACCACGCUGCUGCCCAGCUGGAAGAUCAGCUCCUACAUUGGCUCGAGCAUCGUGACAGCUGUGAGCUUCACCAAGGGGCUAUGGAUGGAGUGUGCUACAUAUAGCACGGGCAUCACUCAGUGCGACAUCUACAGCUCCCUGCUCAACCUGCCUCCUGACAUCCAGGCAGCCCAGGCCCUGAUGGUGAGCUCCUGUGCCGUCUCCUCCCUUGCUUGCCUUAUGGCUGUGGUGGGCAUGAGGUGCACCGUCUUCAGUCAGGGCUCCCCAGCCAAGGACCGAGUGGCAGUGGCGGGUGGUGUGGUCUUCAUCCUCGGGGGGCUGCUUUGCUUCAUCCCACUGGUGUGGAACAUCCAUGUGGUGCUGCGAGAUUUCCACAACCCCCUGCUCCCCGACAGCACCAAAUUUGAGUUGGGGGUAGCUCUAUACCUGGGCAUCAUCUCCUCUCUGCUCUCCCUCAUUGGUGGCUUCAUCCUCUGUGCCUCCUGCCCUCCCCGUGACCCAUCUGGCCUCUACUCGCCCCGGCUGCUGGCAAGCAGGAGUCCCCAGCCCUCCAUCAAACAGAUGCAGAAGCCCAAGAGUGAGUUCAGCUCCUACAACCUGACGGGAUAUGUGUAGCAGCUGCAGGGCACCUGGUCAGCACUUUUCCUAACUCCCAAAACACCUGGGCUGGCACCGAGGGCACACAGUAAGAGGAGAAGAUGCAGCGGUGUCUCCCACGUUCGUAUCUUUUGCUCGGGGAUCUUGACAUAUGACUGCUCAGAAAUCUCAGCUGUGAAGGACCCUGAGUCCAGCUUCUGUUACCACUUUGCUGCCAUCAGCCUGCUGGAGCUGCCCCUGCAAGCCAGCUGGAAGCACACCCAUAGCCCCUGCACGGCAGUCUUCUCAUGGCCAAACUCCAUCCUGCAGCCCACAGCCCAGCAAGGACAGUGAAAUUGUGCCGCUGGGGCUCACCUGCUCAUCUGUGGCUCUGGAGACACCAGGAGGGGAUUAGGGCACCCACAGGAGCCCAGAAUUUUGGGGGGACAGUGGGGGGAUGGAGUAUUGAUUGCAAGCUGAUAUCACAAUAAAUCUGUGUUUCUAGAUGGGCUGUGAUUGAGCUUUUCUGUGGUACUAAGGAGUACCCCAGCACCUCACCAGUGUCAGGGCAGGCUCUGGCAGGGCCAUGCUUACCUGUCUGCUUCAUCCAUCCUGCAAAGAUGGAUGCAAAGGGAGCCCCAUCCCUUGCUCUUGGCCAUAAAGGAGAUGAAAUGAAACACAGAGGGGUCUUGCAGGUGGGUCUAAGCCUGCGG